AUCAUCGAUCCAGACUCAGAUGUGGAGAUCCGACCACAAGUAACAAGUUGCGUGACGGGCCAAAGAGACAAGCGCUUGGAUCCAAAGAGAUUUGAAAGAUUCUCAUCUUGGAAGUCCUUGCAAAGAGCAGUGGCAACUCUUCUCCAUGUAACUCGUUCUUUUAAGUCAACAAACCAGGAUGUCACUGUAUGUUCUGGAUGGCACCUGUGUUCAAAGCCUCACAGUGUCGAUGAGUUGUCAAAAUCAUCUGAAGUCAUCCUCCGUGCUGUACAAAGAGCCUGCUUUUCUGAAGAAUACGACUCCCUCUCCAAGGGGCAAGACGUUAACAAGAAAAGUUCAUUGUCAAAACUAAAUCCUGUUAUAGCCCCAGAUGGCUUGUUGAGGAUUGGAGGGAGACUGAAGCUGGCAGAUCUCAGCGAUCCUGAAAAACAUCCAAUCAUUCUGCCAGGUAAACAUCAUGUGUCCACAUUGCUCAUAAGGCAUCAUCACGAACGGGUUGAACACCAAGGCCGAAGUUUCACAGAGGGCGCUGUACGAGCCGCUGGCAUUUGGUUGAUUGGUGGUAAGAGACGCAUAAGCAGUAUUUUACAUGGAUGUGUCACCUGUCUUAAACUUCGUGGAAGAAGAGAGAGGCAGAAAAUGUCGGACCUUCCCCAAGAACGGUUGAGCACUUCACCUCCCUUUACAUACACUGGUGUGGAUGUCUUCGGUCCCUGGUUUGUGACAGCAAGGCGCACAAGAGGAGGCUUAGCUCAAAGUAAACGAUGGGCUGUUCUGUUCACAUGCUUGAGUACCCGCGCCGUCCAUAUAGAGGUGAUUGAGUCCAUGGAUACUUCCUCCUUCAUCAACUCCCUGAGAAGGUUCUUUGCAAUCCGUGGCCCUUCUCAACAGCUACACUCAGACCAUGGAACCAACUUCAUUGGUGCUUGUAAAGAGCUGGAGUUUGAGAAAGUUCUGAAGGAAUCAGAGGUCCAAACAUACACCAACAGUAAAGGUUGUUCAUGGCAUUUCAAUCCACCUCAUUCCUCACACAUGGGUGGUGCGUGGGAACGCAUGAUCGGAGUCGCAAGGAGGAUUUUGGAUUCAAUGCUGAUGCGUACUCACUCCUCAAGUUUGACCCAUGAAGUCCUGUGCACUUUUAUGGCAGAGGCGACAGCCAUUAUCAACUCUAGACCGCUUGUUUCUAUUUCAUCUGACCCAGAUGCUCCUCAGAUACUCACACCGGCAAUGCUCCUUACUAACAAACAAAGUAUUCUACCUCCAGCUGGGAAGUUCACCGACAAAGACUUGUUCAAGCAGCAGUGGCGCCAGGUACAAAGGUUGGCUGAUCAAUUCUGGAGUCGCUGGAGGCGCGAAUACCUGCACACUCUGCAAGUUCGACACAAAUGGCAGGAAUCCAGACCUAACAUUGAAGAUGGGGGUGUCGUUAUGUUGAAGGACAGUAAAACGUGUCGUAACGACUGGCCCAUGGCCCUUGUGACUAAGACCUUUCCUGGACGUGAUGGAAGAGUUCGCAAGGUCGAGAUGAGAGUUGUUAAAGAUGGAUCCAUGAAGAAGUUCUUUAGACCAGUUACAGAGAUUGUUCUGCUUCUGAAAAGGCAGGACUGAAACAUUUAACUGUAGGAUGUUUUAGUUCAAUGUGUGGCAUCUUGUCAGAUACCAGGCGGGGAGUGUUCUGCCCCGAAACUUGUCUGUUCGGUGUUCGACAGAUAGACUUUUAUUUUGAAGGCGAUGUCUAGCAGGAAGUCGGCCGUCGGCCAUUUUUGUCGUAAUCACAACAAGCCGUGGGCAGCUAGUGCUAGUCAAGUGUUCAUCCAUGGUCAUCCUUGUUUCUGUUUGUGCCUUCGACAUCAUCGUCUGUAAGUUUCCAUUUAUAUUUUAAAGCUCUAUCAUAUUUUCGUAUUAUUUAUGAGGAGUCUUUAUUGAAAGUACGAAUGUUUGUCGUAUUUUUUCCGUAUCGCUUUUCAGUUUUACUCCAUGUUUUGGGAGAACACUGCAAUAAAAAGGAGCUUUGGAAGCUA